AUGCAUCGUAUCGAUCAAAUCGAAAUGGGAAAUCCUACUGAUGAAAAAGAUUUUAAUCGACUUGAACUUCAACAUCAUUUAUUUAAAAUCAUUUGGGAUAGUAACUUUUCAGUUCCUAUGCAAGAUCAACUUAGUAUAGGAAAUACAAGAGUUCUUGAAGUUGGAUCGUGCCCAACAAUAUGGACGUUUGAUAUGGCCUCAGAAUACCCUUUAUCAACAUUUGUUGGCAUCGAGAAACCUUCCGCAAUAACAACUACUUCUUCAAUAUCUUCUUUUUAUUCGAAAAUUCCUAAACCACGUAAUGCAAUCGUUUUACAAACGAAUGUAUUCACAGAUAUUCCAUUCCCCAAUGAAACUUUUGACCUUGUUUACCAUAAACCAACAGCCAUAACGCCAUUAUUACAAUGUCUACAUAAUCCUUUAAACACAAUAAAUCAAAUGAUAAGAGUGCUAAAGCAUGGAGGCUGGCUGGAAUUUAUGAUAAUUGAAAAGCGAUGGUAUAAUCUUGGUCCUAUAACUCAAUACAUGGAAAAUUCAUUUAUAGAGUUUUGUCCUUCGUUUAGAAUAAACAAUCUUGAGUGUACACAAUUGAAACAAUACUUACACACAAAGAAUGAUCUUUCAAGUAUAACUAUACAAACAAAAGAAAUUCCAAUAGGUAGUUUUGGCGGAAGAAUCGGUGAAUUCUUAGGCGAAACCUUGCUUAAUCCAAUUAAACUUAAUAAACAUAAGCUAUGUAUAAAAAUGAAAAUUUCUGAAAAAAAAUUUGAUGAAUUUUUUACUAUGAUGUCGAUAGAGAUCAAUCAAUAUAAAUCUUUUUGUAAAUCUCAUAG